AUGAUUAAGUAGUUUAUUAAUGAAUAUGAAAUUUAUAGAGACAUAAAUAUUUAGUAGUUAAUUAUUUUAAAAUGUAAAUAUUAAGAUGCAAUAAGUUAAACUUUUUAAUACAGCUAUAAUGUAAUGAGUGGAAUACAUAGAACAAUGUUAAAAGAUUAUGAUGAAAGAGAAAGGAAAUUAAGUUUAAUGUUAGAUUUAGAUUUGCAAUAAUCCAGAUUUAAUAAGAAUAAGAAAAUAUGCUGUGGUAAUGAGAUUUAAUAUUAUUUAAGAAAGGAACUUAUUAAUUCAUUUUCAAGUACAUUAACAAAUGAUAACAGAAAUGAUUUAUUAAAAAGAAACUAAAAAUAAAAUUAAUUUAGACUACACUACCAAAAGAAGUUGAAGUAGAUUUUGGAUAGAUUUUCAUUAGUUGCUUUAGAUUGUUUAGGUAUAAGUUAUAGAAGUUCAUUAUCAAAUGAGUCUUUAUAUACACAAUUUUAAAAGGUUGGCUAUUGGUUUAGGGGAAUAUGGGGAUCGAAGUAUGACAACUAGAUUAAAACAGGAUUUUUGAUGAUGAAAUAGAAGAAUAAUAAAAUAUAUCUGAAAAUUUUGUAGAAGCUAAGUAUUUCAAAGGACUACUAUAGGAGAGGAAACUAUUUUUGAAGAAAUAACUCAUUAAUCAUAAUAGGAAGUAGAAAACCUGGUUAAGAGGAUAAGAUAAAUUGUAUAUGUUUGGGGAUUAGAAAUACGUUGUUGUCCUAGGACAGAUGUUAAAGAUUUAUUUGUUAAAGCUCCAGAAGAUAAAGAAUCUUUAGAAUGA